UCGAGGAAGGAGCAGUUUACUUAUGGGUUAUGCGUGAUUAAAAAAUAAAUAAAGAAUUUGUUUUCAGUCGUUGAAGCCGAUUUCAGCACCCGGAGCUGUCCGUGACUUGACGGAUGCUGCUGAGCUGAAUCUCUCUCUCUCUCUCUCUCUCUCUCUCUCUCUCUCUCUCUCUCCCCCUCUACUGUUCUCUCCCUCCUCGCUCCUCUCCUCCACACGCACAAAACGCUCUGUCAUGGCGUCUUCCAACAAUGUUACCCCCACCAACUGUAGCUGGUGGCCCAUCUCCGCCAUGGACGAAGACGGCAAAAUCACAGACGGGGAGGAGUGUGAAGAACCGACGGCAGAACCCAGACCCUUCAAUAAAGACAGGCUCGUUUUGUACCACUGGACGCAGUCUUUCACCUCCCAAAAGGUGCGUCUCGUCAUCAAUGAGAAGGGUCUGGUGUGCGAGGAGAGGGAUGUGAGCAUGCCGCUGCAGGAGCACAAGGAGCCUUGGUUCAUGAGGCUGAACCUGGGCGAGGAGGUGCCCGUCCUCCUCCACGGCGAAACCAUCAUCAGUGACUACAAUCAGAUUAUAGAUUACAUGGAGAAAAACUUUGUGGGAGAGACGGUGGCUCAGCUGGUUCCCGAUGUAGAUUCGCCCCUCCACGAGCGGGUGCAGCAGUACCGUCGGCUACUGGAUGAGCUGCCUAUGGACGCUUACACACACGGCUGCAUCCUCCAUCCGGAGCUCACCGCCGACUCUAUGAUCCCAAAGUACGCCACCGCAGAAAUACGUAGACAUUUGGCCAAUGCUGCGACGGAGCUGAUGAAGUUGGACCACGAGGAGCCUCAGCUAACGGAACCGUACCUGUCCAAGCAGAAGAAGCUCAUGGCAAAAAUCUUGGACCACGAUAAUGUGAACUACCUGAAGAAAAUUCUGGGUGAGUUGGCCAUGGUUCUCGAUCAAGUGGAGGCCGAGCUGGAGAAAAGAAAACUAGAGUAUCAAGGUCAAAAGUGUGAGCUGUGGCUAUGUGGACCUGAAUUUACACUAGCCGACGUCUGCCUCGGCGCCUUGUUGCACAGGCUCAAGUUCUUGGGACUUUCUAAGAAAUACUGGGAGGACGGCAGCCGGGCCAACCUGCAGUCCUUUUUUGUGCGCGUGCAAAAACGCUACGCGUUCCGCAAGGUCUUGGGCGACAUCCACACAACCCUUCUGUCCGCCGUCCUACCCAACGCCUUCCGGAUGGUAAAAAAGAAGCCGCCGUCCUUCUUCGGCGCCUCUUUCCUCAUGGGCUCGCUGGGAGGCAUGGGCUACUUUGCCUACUGGUAUUUAAAAAAGAAAUACAUGUAGUUAAUGCCCUCUUCUUGUGUUACAUGUCUGUGUAUCUGUGUGAUGUUUCAGCUUUUCUGUAAUGUUUUAUGACAGCAGGAAAAACGUAAUGAAUCUAUAUAGAGAACACUAUUACUUACCUGGGUGAACAAAGAAUAUUAAAACAUUCCAUAAUAAGAAAUUGUUGACAGCACAUUUUCUGGUAAUCAAGGCCUACAUCAAGUUUAAAUUCUGGCAACUUGCGGCCGACAAGUCCUAGUUUCACUUUUAUUUGAGUUAGGCAUUCUUAUACUCAAAACUUAAAGGAACCCAGACGAAGUGUUAAACACAAUAACAGCAACAGGGGUUAACUGACCUUCGCAUGCCACUAUUACAGCCGUUAUUCACACCUGCUCUUCACGCCUAAGGUUCACCCACUAAAAACCACAGGAAGAUGUUACGUGACAAAGACGUUCUGUUAAGUGCUGCCGGAAGAAAUGAUGAAAGGACGGAAGCAGACUUCAGUCAAAUACUUUGAGAUUGGGGGAAAUGUAGUUUUUUACUCUCUCGAAGAGACGUGGAUACGGUCUUGAAUACGAGGCUGUACGGCCAGGAGAUGGUGAGCUCAGUUAGCGUGACGACUGGAAGCAGCCAAACAAUCUUUGCAAACCCCAGAAGAUUGUGGACUGCUGUUAAAUGCUAAAUUUGAAGCCAGACAUAGCAGCCGUAUAGCUUAGCUUAGCAUUAAUACCGUAAACAAUCUUCAAAGACUCUUUUAACCCUCAUGAUGAAAAAAAACUAAGUUGUGUGUGUAUGUUUUCCAAUCCAAGUAGCCAGAAAUGACCCUCGGUUUGAAAAACACAUUUUAUUUUGAAAAAUCUAAAAUGUGAUUCAGCAUACUUUCUUUUAUCCAGGUGAAAGAGUCUUUAAUCAUUCAGGAACUUUCCUUUGAACAGUUUAAUUAAACAACCUUCUGGGUUUCAUCAAAGAUUUCGUGGAUUCUCACAUUUUGUUCAACCAUUUUUACAAAAAUCCAUCUACACUCAAUAGCCAGCAAUGGUGAGGAUUUUGUUUAGCAGAGGUAUGAAGAAGAAAAAUGUGGUAUUGACAUAUUAAUUCAGACCUUCUGCUUUGAUGCUUGACAUUUAGCUGAGGUUUAUCGUGUUUGAGAUGUUUCUACACCUUGUUUGCAGUCCCCCCCCCUCAAGGUUGUCUGUAUCCUGAGAGACAGGAGGCCCCCGAGGUCACUGCGAAUGGGGUCAGAAUGAUUGUGAUAUUCUUUAUGAGCCUGAGUGAUUUUGCGAGAUUACAACAUGACAUGUGAAAAGUAAAGGACCCUGAAUACUUUCUGAUGCAAUGUAUAUUUUGCGGGAAAAGCUGAUGCUUAGUGUUGUGUGUUUUAUUUUCACUAUAGUGCUACAUGACGGGGCAGAAAUUGGAGAUGUGAACACGUGCGUUGGAAGGACUGCUUUUAACUAACUGUCCACCCGUCACACAGUAAAACACAGUGAGUGAGUUUAUUUAGAGCACCACGGAUCACACAGCACACACAGGUCCACGGUCGCCCUCCCUGUUCAGACGAGGCCAAACGUGGCCGUUUGGAUGACAAUUGUAAAUUCUGCAUCUACGGCACAAAUAGUGUUACAUUAGGAUUAGGAUGUAUAUGUCGUUGCAUGGGUACUUUCUUAUUGUGUAAGUGUUUUGUGCUGGAUGGACACUGGCCAGAGGCAGAAUUUACGAUUACUACCAAACUUUAAAACCAUAGAUAAAUAUUCUCUUGGUAAUUGUCACCUUUGAAGCCCCCGCACUGUUCCGUGUCUUCAAGAUGGUCCCUCAGCACUACUGAGCCAAGAGAAACUGGAUUUUACUGCUGUGUUUUUUUGUUUGUCGCCGCCUCGAUUGUUUUUACAGAUACAUUCUCACCAAACUGGAUUUAAAAUGAGCUCAAAUGUUGAAUGAGGGGAACAGGGAAGGAAAAGGUGACUUACACGAGUAUGAGGAGGAUAAACAAAAAGACCCCCCUCUCCUCUGUUUGUUGAUGCAGUUUCUCACUCCACACUGUGUUCACCCCUACUGGGAGACUUUAUGCUUUUUCCUUAGUCAGACAUUCAGGGUUUAGCAUCUUACGAUAUGAACAAUACGCUUUUCAGCCUCAGCUCAUCAUGUGAGCUGGAGGCCGGAGCUGUAAGCUGCUUUUGGUUUUAUGGCUUCUCGCUGACAUUUCUUGCAGAAAGGACUCACAGUACAUCGUUUGUCUACAGCUUAAGUCUGGUUUAUUUGACAUGUCCCGUUAGGAAGCUCCUGAAUCUUCUGAAGAGCGUAGAGGUCUUGUCUGUUCAUCGUGUUUAGUUUUAUGUUUGAUAAUGAUAGUGGUUGCACAGCCAUAUAGAUUGAACAUGAGACAUUGCAGAUGUGCAUGAAAGGAAACACGGAGGUUGUUUGGUUUUAAAAUGUUUUUGUAUGAACGGCAGUGAUGCAAAAAGUAAGUGAUCGUAAGUGAAAGGCAUCAUUUCCUGUUGCAAUUUAGUUAUAAAAUUGACUUGUUAUUUAAGUUAACCCUAACCCUCAGACCCUCACUUCCUUUGUUGAUUGACAAACUGUAGAUGUCACUGCAGAGUCGAAUAUCAAGAAACUUGAUGAUCAUCUAAUCAUGUUGAAUGCUUUUUCACUACUGCGAGCACACCGGUUAAGAUUCCACUGCGUCUUCAGAAUGAAAUCAAGGCACCCGAGGGGUUGUACCUUCUUUGAACACACACACACAAAGAACUCAAAUCAAGGAAUACAAGUUGUUAUUUGUGGCCAUUAUAUUUCACUAUAGUAUUUUAUAUUUUGUAUUUUAUUUUUUAUUUUUUAUAUAUAUGCAUUUAUUUAUGGUGCUUUAAUGAUGUUUGUUCAUAAGCCUUAAUUUAUUCAGUUGCCAUCAAUGACAAAUAAAUAAUGAAAAUGGAAUAAACAGAUCCUGUUUUUAUUCAUUUUAACGUACAUUGUUCCCUUCUGCCUAGUUUGUAACUGUGUAUUUGACACAUCAAGAAAUGUACACAUCAGUGCGACAACAUUUGACAUUGUUUGACAAAUCAAUAUUCAUAAAGAAAUGUACCAAUAGUAAGCUUCCCUAAGUGUCUCAUUGCAGGAUAAGGACGGUUUUAUAUUUGAGUACACAAUAUAUCCUUAUUUUAAUGCUUAAUACUUCCCUACUCUGUUUGUGGCACUCAGACUCAGGCCCAUUGGUUUCUACUGAGGACAUGAACCAACUUUCAGAUAAAAAAAAAAAAGUUUGCUGCCAACGGGGCAUUGCAGUUUUUAG